AUGGAAGCAGCCUUAGACAACAUGAAUGCAGGGGCCCGGCUGUGUUCAGUACAACUGUAUUUACAAAAUGGAGUAGACUCCCUGUGGGACUGCCAACCAGUGGAUUGUGUCGCUAGAGCUGAGGUUCCUUCGAGACCUGCUUCUCCAUGCUGUUGGUAUAUACAGCGCUUGAACUUGAGGUUGGUAAAUCCCGUCGUCUUGCGUGGCUGGAGUUCGAUAGCCCAGCUGGGCCUGCUUCCCUCGGCUCCUGAGCUGCCGACUGUUGGUGACCUGCCCUGCUGUUUGCUGCCUGUGGCAGACUGCCUGGAUUGCCUGAGGGAAGUCUCAGUUGUCUGUUUCCUUGACCGUGGACCCAGCAGCCCUGAUCACACUAGGGCCAAGUUUGACCUCGAUAUGCUGGUUUCACUUCUGAGGCAAGAAAACGCCAGAGACAUUUGUGUCAUCAGCGUUCCUCCUGAGAUGAAAUAUACAGAUUAUUUUGUGAUUGGGAGCGGCACCUCCACCCGACAUUUGCACGCCAUGGCCCACUACCUUGUGAAAAUGCAUAAGUUCCUGAAGUGUCAAAAGGACCCUUACGUUAAGAUAGAGGGGAAGGACACCGAGGACUGGCUCUGCAUGGACUUCGGCAGCAUGGUGCUCCACUUGAUGCUUACAGAAACCAGAGAAACCUACGAAUUAGAGAAGCUAUGGACCCUACGCUCUUACGAUGACCAGUUAGCUCAGAUCGCACCUGAGACGUUACCUGAAGACUUCAUUCUUGGAUUAGAAGACGAUGCUUCAUCCCUGACUCCAGUGGAGUUCAAAUGUGAAUAAAAUGAUAUGAACUGUUUCAA